AACCGAGAGCCCUGAAGGAGGUGUCCUCGGACGAAAAACGGCACAGAGAGGGAAACGGGCGUUAGAUGGAGGAGACGAUGCUGCGCAAGAUGACUUUGACAGCUCACUCCAGCUUCAUCCUGUGCGGUGUGCUUCUCCUAUCCAUAAGUGCACUUGCAGAAACCCCGACUGAGCGAAAAUCAACGUCAACCACAGCAGCGACCACACCGAAACCAAAUACUGUUUCGACUUCAGGCAACCAUACAAUGGAGCAGACCACCACAAACGCGACGCCCACCCAGAACACCUCCUUAUCCAGCAAUGUUUUGGUUUCUUCUACUUUAAAUCAGACCACGUUUUCAUCUCAUAAACCUACAAAAUCCCCACCUUCAGGACCACACGACUCUACAGCAUCAAAAUCUUGGACUGUAGCUACAACACAGCCUACGUCUCCACUAACAUCUUCUGCAUCUCCACCUUCUGCAAAAUCAACUUCCAAGAAUCCAGGCACAGAUUCAGUGUCUCACAGUCCCGCCACCACAAUCGGUAUUAUCAUUCUGCUGUUAAUUAUUUUGGGCAUUAUUGUCAUCAUCUGCAUAAUUAUGAUGCUACAUAAAAAGAAUAAGAAAUAUUCCUUUGACUUACACCACAAGCAACCUGAAGAUGCGGGAAUUCCUUUAAGCAACAUGGAAGACGGAGCUUUUGAGCCGAUUCCGGAGUUUGCAAAGGUUGAAACUGAAACUGAGGAUAAGAAUAAAGAAGAGAAAUCCGCAGAUUCAGACGUCAAAGAGUCUGCGGCGGAGAACAGCACCAGUCCGCCUGAAGAAACGGAUAAGCCGUGUAAAGAGGAGGCCGGAGCGGAAAGCGAUUCUGAAAGUUUUGGAUCCCAGAUCCCCCUUACUCCCCUGGAUUUGUGCCCUGAAGUUAAUUUAGGGGGUCCACCUGAAGGGGAAAUUAACCUCCAGUCCUGCAAAACCUCCGUCGAGUCCCUAGAUGACCAAGUGAACGAAAAUAAUAAUAAUAACUCUGAUGAAGCAGAAAAUCAACCUGCAAGCCGGGCCUCCUACUGGCCGUCAUCGUGGAUCACAAAGAAGCAAAGCCGCUUAUCGAGUAUGGAGCUGAGACCCUUACUGGAGGCCGGAGAUGGCGGUGGCACAUCGAUAGCAGACCCCUCUGAUGCUACUGGAGAAAAGACAGAAGGCCUGAAGGAAGACGGAUUCACGGACGUCCAGCUCACGGAAACUUCUUGAGGUCCUCCUCAGCAGCCUGGGGUCGGCAACCCACUGUCAGGGAGACCUGCCUGCUGACGUGUCCAGAACCUUCAUGCCGAUUCCAACCCAUCUUCCAUUUUCAUGCGUUUUGAGAAAAGAAUAACGAGAGACCCUCCUGCUAGAGCAAGGGGGGUUAGCAUCUGCAUCUCCUCAUCCAGGAGGGCAGCGGAGUCUCCUGGCUUUCUUUCCAAAAUGGACACGUAGUUUACCUGAGUGAUACUCUGAAGGAAAUGAUAAUCAAUUUCACUUCGAUACUAAUAAUCAAUUGCCUCCCUUCUGCCUUAUCGAUAGGGGCUUUCCAGUUUACUUUACGCAAUAUGUAUCCCAUUGCUGUUUUCAUAUUAUAUCAUGAUUUAUGCUUUGUUCGGCACUCCAAUAGGCUCACUUUCAAAGCUGCAUGGACCAUCGGUCUUGUGGAGGUCCUCUGUGGGCUCCAUCUGUUGGUUGCUCCUUUUCUUUGCUGAGUCCCUCAAAUCCAGUUUCUCGAUCCUGCCAACUACGCCAUGUCUAAUGGCUACAAGUUCAAUUUCACAAGUAAGCAGUCGUGGCCAAAAGUUUGGAGAAUGACUUUGCUGCUGCUGAGUUUGCUGCUUCAGCGUUUUGAGAUCUUUGUGUCAGAUGUUUCUCUGAUAUACUAAAGUAGAAUGACAAGCAGUUCAGA